AUGGCAACUGUAAGCUUCCUUGCCCGUGCCGCCACCCGCCGAACCUUCGACAAGGUUGUGCGUUCAAACCAGUUCGCUAGCAUCGGAGCGGCUCGCUUCGCUAGCUACUUCACUCCCGCUCAUGAAUAUGUGAAGGUUGAGGGAAACAUCGGCACCUGCGGAAUCACUGACUUUGCUCAGGCCGCUCUCGGGGAUAUCGUCUUCGUGGAUCUGCCCGAAGUCGGUGAUUCAUUUGACAAAGGCGAUAGCUUCGGUAGUGUCGAAUCCGUUAAAGCCGCUUCUGAUGUCUAUGCUCCAAUCUCUGGAACUGUCGUCGAAAUUAACGAUAAGCUCAGUGAUGAUCCUGGUCUUGUAAACACGCAGGCUGAGGGUGAAGCUUGGUUUAUUAAGAUCGAAAUGGCCGAAUCGGGAGACGUGGAUGAUUUGCUCGGACCGGAUGCUUACAAGGAACAUUGUGAAAAGGAAGCCCACUAA